UUUUUCCUCCCCAUGCAGGCACGUUGUGCUGCAAUUCUGUGGCUGCGGAGUGAGUUUUAGCGCUGCCAAACUGAACUUUACUCAGGGUGCUUAAAUAUCCUGAAAGAUAUUUGUGGAAGUUAACAUGGCAGAGAAACAGCCGCAAGUCAGACUCUUCAUGGAACUAAGGCAGCGCUUAAAGAGCGGACUUCUCAUUUUGAGGAGUGACGUUGCAGGGAACCCUGCUGAGGUUGAUGUCUCCUCUGCGGAUGCCUCCUUGUUAAUAAAGACGCCGACGGAGGUACUGCGUGUGCUGCUACCACCAGGGGUCACUCUCUUGAUGGGAUCUUGUAGUGGGGCACCUGCAGCCACAGGGGAGGGGCUGCACCUGAGGCUUCGACUACAGGUAGACCAGCAAACAGAGCCACCCGGCAGCAUUCUGGGGCAGCUUCAGGUCCAGGACAGGUACUGUUUCUCCUGUCAGGUCUGCAGCAAGAGCCUGCUGACACACAGAUCUUUCAGUCGAGUGCUACCAUUGCCCAAUGGGAACUGGAACAUGCUCAUAACUGACUGGUGCUGUCACCCUGAUCCCUUUGCCAACAAGAAGCUGCUGCCGCGAUCUGGGGAUUGUUUGCUGGGGGAUACCUUCUUCCUGCUGCCACGGGACAGAGAGAGCGAUGGGCAGCUCAUUCAGGAACCUGUCCAGACCGCUGACUCCACACAUAAAGCCGGGAAAAUCGAGGUGGUGAUGUGUGGGGGCUGCAGAGCAGUGCUAGGAGAAGCCAUUUCUGGAGAUGCGCUGAAGCUCUACAUCACCGAGGUGACAGUGAGACAGAGUGACAAACACAGUGAAGAUGACAUGAUACAACACAGGUGGCACUUCCUGGAGCACACUCUAGCUGCCAGGUUGGUGGAGCUCUCUUACACGCAGAGCAUGUUCCGCUUCUCAAUCCAGACUCCCAGCGGGAAGACUUUCAUACUGCUUUGGCUCCUGAACACAGACUCGCUCCUUGCUUUCUUGUCUGACACUGCAGUUGGCAGUGAAGCUUCUAAUUCUGGACAUCGUCUUGGUGGAAAACUUCAAUCGUGUCGAGCCACCAGCGCUGCCAAAGUCCUCUACCUUCCAUGUGUUCCCAGCAUGCACCAGGAGAUAACGGAUGCCUGGGAGAAGGAUGUUGGUGUUCAUCCCCUGACGCUGCCCCAAUCCACCUGCCAGGAAGUGCUACAGCUCCUGAGAGCAAGUACUUCCUCUCUACCGCCAUCUCUGCAGUCCAUGAACUCUUACCAGGUGAUUCCUCUCAGUUCUUUUGCACACCAGUGUUGUGCAGGAGCAAUUACACACAACAAAACCCAUUGCAGCACCAUGUGUCAACCUACCGGGGGGGGGGAGAGCAGUGUGUGUGGAGCCAGGUACCAACUUACAGCAGUCAGGAAGUAACUUGUUACUUUUACAUUUAUUCUAUUAGCAAAUGUUUUUCUCCAAAGUGACAACUCUAAAGAAAAAAAAAAAGCAUUUUGCAUACAUUUGAGUUAUACAAACACGCAAGUCUCAAUCUCAAAGCACAGUGGUAAACAUAGUAUACAAGUAAUUGCAUAUAGAAUUGAUAGGAAAUACAGAGGUGAUGGUUUGAUGCAAAUUUAUGUAGCUGUUAAGAGAUCAAGAGAAGAGUGGGUCUAAAAGAUGCAUUUUGAGGCCCUUGAAUACUAAAGGGAUUCUGCUAUUCUGAGGGACAGAAGGAGCUCAUUCCACCACACUAGAGCAAAAAACUCAGAACUUUCAGGUUUUCAAUUUUGGACACAUUGUGAAUGGGACCUCCAAGUAGCUGGAGGUGGAGGAGCAUAUGGCUCUUGCUGGGGUGUAGGGUAUGAUCAAGUCCUCCUCGUUACUGAUGUAAAAUUGUUCUGAGAAUGUACCAACCCGCAGCAUUGUUAUACAGGAAUCUUUAACAAAAGCAACCACAUAUUAAAUGCUUUAUUCUGCUUCCAAUAUUUUUCCCCAUGAAAAUGUGAAAUUUAAUUAAAGAUGAAUGCCAAUACGGUCUUGCCAUGGUAUACCACAGUGUGCCUUCGGGGCCUCUGCUGGAACCUCAACUUGAACUCUUCUGUUUAUUUAUGAAACACUUGUAAACAUUUUUACUAUUGAUCAUAUAUGAGAAAGUCAUUGAACCAUAUGAACUUGCAGUCCUACCGAAGCCUGGCCAUAGAUAUCUUUGUGUUUUGCAGGUGGCGUUUUUGACACUUUGAAGCUGGAAUCCGAGAACAGGAAUCGAUUAAAACGUUCCAAAGAUAUUGGUCAUAGGUCCUUUACAAAUGUGUCUGCCACUGUUAUAAAACAAGGUGGACAUAUACUGUUUCCAAGUGAAUAUGUAACCACAUCCUGUUAUUAAAUACCUCCUUUUUGUUAUAAA